AUGGCGCGAGAAAGAAAUGAAACAGAGGCGGCUGGUCAACAAAUUUCUUUCGUGGCCUCGGAUGUGUCAGCAGAUGGUUUACAAGAUAGAAACAGCAUGGCAACAGUUAUCGAUGAGCGAGAACAGGCUGAAGCUCAAUAUCUGUCCCCAAGCGAUUCUACAGGAGCUAUGAGUAACGACGACAACGAGGCCAAUUUCAUAAAGUACGACACGAUAUCUCCUAAAUCAUUAGAUACAUCUCUCGGGAACGGAAGCACUUUGGUCGUCAAGGAGAAGCAUCCCGUCGCGUUGGUUGAGGAGCCACUAAAAGUAGUCCAGCCUGCUGGGAACCAUACGGUACGAACACCUACCCACCUGGAUGGUACUUUGAUCUCUUCUCAACGUCAGAUUCAAAUUGGAUUGUCUGUAAUUGCACCGGAUUUGAAUACGGUGCAGAGUCCAAACUGUAUUCUGUUUCCAAAUUUCAAGAAGCUCGCGGUCGAGAUUCGACUCAUGAUCUGGAGAACAGCUUUGUUCAAGCCAACGGUGAUCAAUUUGCAGCUUCAAAAGCGUCACAUCUACCUCUAUGGGGAAAUAAAUAUCUGGAGGCCGAAAUCCUGGUGCCGAAUCCGGCAUGUCUGCAAAGAGGCUCGUGGAGAGGCACAGCAAUUUCAAACAUCCUUUCUUCCAGAGACCAUUCAGAGACCGUUGUUCUAUAUGAAUAGAGACGUUGAUACCAUCUUUCUGGCAGAUGAUGCUUACUAUGAAAGCUGA